AUGCAUGCAGCCCCAACGCAAACCACAGCAACCAGCAGCAGCAGCAGCAGCAGCAGCAACAGCAGCAGCAGCAGUAGCAGCAGCAGGUCCCGCCAAAGAAUGAACGCAGCAGCAAAACGAGCAGAGCGGCAGCACAAACAGAAGCAGCAGAAUGGACAGCAGACACAACAGCAUGAACAGCAGCAGCAACAGCAAGAGCAGCAGCAAGAGCAGGCAGCAGCAGCAGCAGCAGCAGCAGCAGCUGGCAUACAGCUCAUCUGCCCGCAGGUCGCGAGAAAACCGCGGAGAGUGGAGACACAAAAGAAGCAGCAGCAAAGACGUCAGCACGUUGAGAUGCAGCUCCUCAAGAGGCAGGAAGCCGCCUUCCUGCUGCGCCGCCUCCAUUGCAUGCAGCAGCAGCAGCAACAGCAGCAGCAGCAGCAGCCGCAGCAGCAGCAGCAGCGCGCUGCUGUACCGCCCCACCCAGCCGAAGACAAGGGGACUCAGACGGAUAGAAGACAGGGAGCAGCAAAAAGAAGGCCGCUGCACCAGCAGCAGCAGCAGCAGCAGCAGCAACCGGAACAGCAGCCGCAGCAGCAACACAAGCAGCAGACACGGCACCACGAAAAUACUGCAGCAGCAGCAAGUGAAUGCAGCAGGUGCUACGAAGCAGCAGCAAAAUCCCUUUUGCCCCCCUAA